ACAUUCACAAUGGCAGCAGUAACACAAGCAGCAGCCCUGGCUGAGAAGGCCAUUGGCCACGGCGAUAACGCCAUCACCGAACAGGACAUCACCAACCCUGGAAGAAACAGAGAAAAGUACGGCGACCCGAACGAGACCAUGAAGGCUCUGGUCUGGCAGGGCAAGAACACGGUCGAGGUCAUCACAUGCCCCAAGCCCAAGAUUGUCGAGCCCCGCGAUGUCAUCCUCAAGAUCACUGGCAGUACCGUCUGUGGUUCAGAUCUCCACUUGCUGCACGGCUCGGUCGUCGAGAUGGAGAAGGGCGACAUCCUCGGACACGAGUUCUGCGGUAUCAUUGACCAGGUCGGCUCCGAAGUCAAGAACCACAAGGUCGGCGACCGCGUCGUUGCCUCUUUCCAGAUUGCCUGCGGAGACUGCAUGUACUGCAAGAAGAAGCUGUCAUCGCAGUGCGAAAAGACCAACUCCAACACUAUCGAGAACGCCAUGUACGGCGGCCGCACCGCCGGCAUGUUCGGCUACUCUCACUUCACCGGUGGCUUCGCUGGUGGCCAGGCCGAGUACACCCGUGUGCCAUGUGGUGAUGUUAACCUUCUCCACCUUCCCGACGAUGUCCCUGAUGAGAAGGGUCUCUACCUCUCCGAUGUUGUCAGCACCAGCUGGAACUGUGUUGUCGACACUGGAGUCAAGGAGGGCGAUGUCGUUGCCAUCUGGGGUGCCGGUCCUAUCGGUCAGAUGUGCAUCGACUUCUGCUACAUGAACGGCGCCAAGCGUGUCAUUGUCAUCGACCAGAACUGGCGUCUUGACUUCUGCAAGUCCAAGUACCCCAACAUUGAGACCAUCGACUUCUCCAACCUGCCCAAGGGCGAGACCGUUGUCAGCACCCUAAAGAAGAUGGAGCACGGCGGUCCUGACGUCGCUCUUGAGUGUGUCGCUGGAGAGUACCCCAAGAGCUGGGCUCACACCAUUGAGCUGAUGGCUGGCUUGGAGACUGACACGCCCGAAAUCAUCAACGAGAUGAUCGAGAGUGUCAAGAACUACGGUCGUUGUGGUAUCACUGGUGUCUACGUCGGCUACACCAACCACUUCAACAUCGGCUCGUUGAUGGAGCGUGGUAUCCGCCUUAUCGGUAACGGACAAGCACCCGUCCACCUCUACUGGGAGAAGCUUCUCAAGAUGAUCCAAGAAGGCAAGAUCGACCCCUUGAAGAUGGUCACCCACCGUGUUCACAUGGAAGAUAUGGCCAAGGUUUACUACAUGUUCGACAAGAAGGAGGAUGGCAUGCAGAAGGUCUACGUCGAGACCAAGUUUUCGCAACCCGCAUGCGCCGGCAGCCCUGCCCUGAAGAGAUACUCUUGA